AUGGACAGAGAUUGCAGCGGUCCUUUUGGUCCAAAUCGCACGUUUGGCUCAUCAGCUGAGCGUGCCCGGCGCAAUCUCAAUGCAAAACUUGCAAAUCCUCUGGCUGGGUUCAGCCAUGCCGAGCUGCGCAAACAAGGUCGCAGCUUUGCGAUUGCCAAUGAAAUAGGUGAUGAAUCUGACAUCCGUGCGUUUGAACUGGGUGCUGUGCUGGCCCAGUCUCCAGAGCGAUAUCCCAAUGUGGCCGACUUGACGGGCCAGGAAAAAGAAAUAUUGCGUCGGGAAUUUACUCACCGCUGGUCACAACCGUGGAAAAUGUAUGCAGUCAUAGUGCUUUGCUCUUUAUCUGCUGCUACCCAAGGCAUGGCCCCCUACCUCUGCUGUGCAUUCAUCAGCUGUUGGCUGACAAUACCAUUCAACCACUGGUUCGGAAUACGAGGAACAAUCUUCCUGACCUGCUUCUACAGUGCGAUCGCUUGCUUUUGGCAGGGGUUUGUAUCAACUUGGUGGGCCAUGUUUGCAGCCCGCUUCGUAUUGGGCGUCGGAAUCGGCCCGAAAUCUGCAACAGUACCCAUUUAUGCUGCCGAGACAGCUCCUCCCACCAUCCGUGGUGCUUUGGUCAUUCAAUGGCAGAUGUGGACAGCGUUUGGAACCAUUCUCGGGUACGCAGCUGACCUAAUUUUCUAUCGGGUCUCGGGAACUGCGAUUGCAGGUAUCAAUUGGCACAUGAUGAUGGCGUCGGCAAUGUUUCCUGCGCUGAUCGUUUGCUGCUUUGCUUUUACCUGCCCGGAGUCUCCGCGGUGGUAUAUGGCUCAAAAGCAGCAUCGUCCAGCUUAUCAGUCAAUCAUUUCUCUGCGACACCAUAAGAUUCAGGCUGCUCGUGAUCUGUUCUAUAUGCAUGCUCUCCUGGAGGCAGAGAGCAGCAUGAAGCUUGGACAGAACAAGUUGUGGGAUAUCAUCAAGGUUCCAAGAAAUCGAAGAGCUAUGUUGGCAUCAGAGAUUGUCAUGUUUAUGCAGCAGGUGAGACUAAAUUACCCGUAUCAUCAACAUUCUGGUCAGUAG